AUGGGCGUCCCUGAUGAUGAGAUUCUGGAUGUUGCUCCUCUCUCUAUUAUUCCCUCCGCGGACAUUCAUUUGAACCAACCCAUCUCCAUUGAUGUCUCCGCUUCUGCAUGUUCCAAUCAAGGUCAUUCUGUGAAGGGGGUUUCCACUCCCCUUGCUCAAAUGUAUCCCCCUCCUGAGGUUGAACAACCUAGUGGUAACGGUGAUGAUUCCUCCAGUUCUGAAAAGGCCUUGGCUGCCGAAGGGUUGUGCUCUCUAGGGCAAACCGUGUUUGACAAAGGGAAAUUUGUGGCCUCUAACACAGCCAAUGCUUCCCACUCUGAGAAGCAUGAUGAUGAAAAUGUUGUGAUUGAUCUAGAGGAUGGUAGCUCUGAUGAUCAAGAGGAAAGCUUGAUUCAUCACAUAAAGCCAAGUAGCAAGGUUGAAAUAAAGAAGAGGAAGGUCAGAGAUGAUUCUGAGCCUGAAGAGGAUGUUGAGGAAGAUGUCCCUGACAUCUCGCCUGCGAAAAAAACUAUUGUUAGGAAGUCUCCUGUUAAAGUACUUGUUGUUCAUUUGGAUAACAUAUCCUUCCAUCUUGAGGAUGGAGCUGCUAAGUGGAAAUUUGUGAUUCAGAGAAGGGUAGCUGUGGAAAGGGAAUUGGGAAAAUAUGUUGCUGAUGUCAAGGAGGUCAUGGACCUGAUACAAACUACUGGGCUUUUGAAGACGGUUGUUGGGUUCUCUCAAUGCUACGAAGAUUUAGUCAAGGAAUUUAUUGUCAAUAUUCAUGAGGAUAUUUCUGAUAAGAACAGCAAGGAGUUAUGCAAGGUGUAUGUGAGGGGCAGAAAUAAUGAGGGUGCAGGAGAAUUAGUGGUUACUGACAAUCAGGUCUGUAGGGAGAUUACAGCUAAGCAGGUGAAAGUUUGGCCUUUUAAAAAGCAUCUUCCUGCUGGGAAGUUGACUAUCAAGUAUGUUAUCCUGCAUAAAAUAAGAGCUGCUAAUUGGGUCCCUACCAACCAUAUCUCCACCAUUUCUAAUACUCUUGGGAGGUUUAUUUUUGCUGUUGGGACAAAAGUGAAAUUUGACUAUGGUAGAUAUAUGUUUGAUCAAAUUAUCAAGCAUGCAACUACUACUGCAGUUGAGCUACCAAUUGCUUUUCCCUCUAUGAUCUGUGGAAUCAUCUUGAACCAACAUCCUGGUAUUCUGUGCUCAAAUAAUUUACCUAGUAGGAGAAAACCAGCUUUGUCUGUGCACUACAAACUCUUUGAAGGCAGUCAUGUCGAGGAUAUUGUCAUGACAUCUGCCAUGAGGAGGCCAGUCUCAAAAGUUGGAGCAAUUGUUGAGCUUAAAGAGACAUGCAAAGAGCUAGGUGAAGGGAUUAGGGUAGCCAUAGCUAGAAAACAAUCUUUGGAAGCCUUGAUUGAAAGCUUGGAGCAGGCUGAGGGUGAAAAUGUUGAACAUGCUAAUGUCAGCCAUGAAGAAGAAGUUAAAGCCCACACCACUAGUGAGAGUUCUGCUACCAAUGAUGAUGCGAGUGGCAAUUCUGCUUCUGGUGUUGCUGAAGAGGCUGCAAACUCAAGCUCUACUGAGUAG